AUGCUUCUACAAAUUUUUACAUUGCUCAUCUUAGUUUUACCGUCCUGCAGGUCAUCGUAUUUCGUUCGAAUUUAUUCAAAUCAAGCGGAAUUUAUACGCCCAUUGGACAAACUACCGCUUGAAUUUACUGAAGAUGAAUGGAAUCAUAUUCGUUCCGAUUCAAUCACACUCUCAAGUGAAAAUAUUAAUAUUACAUCGCAAACAAUAACUGAGAAAAAGAAAUCGCUCAAUGGUGCUAAAAUCUUGAUCCGUUCGCCAGUAUCAUCAAAUGAAAAUACGAUGAUGUUAGUACCAGGUAUUCUUGUUGAUGAAAGCUCGAAUCUUGUGCAAAUUACUGAUGAAUCGAUUACUGGUCAUCCGACAUUGUUUUUUACCGUUCUACCUAAACAUAUUUUUUAUUUGGAAUCACCACCAACAUCGAAGUUCUACGUCAAUUUUACUUAUGUUACUACUGAUUCCAAGGUGAAUGUUACUUUUCUUCAAUCAAAUCUCAAAUGGCAUACGCAAUAUCAAUUGAAUAUAUAUGACGAUUAUCGUACUUUGAUUACGAUGGCAAAUAUUCGAAAUGACGGUCAAUCAUCUGUAUCGAUUGAUCAUGCUGAACUCAUCGGUGGUGAUAUUAAUCUAAACGUACGAAAUCUUCAUAGAACUGAGCACCUUAGUUUCGCAAGGGCUAGUGUUGCCUCAUCACAUUUCUCCGCGGAUUUGCCGACUAUUCCACCUAUGAUUGAAGAAGGUGAAGAACUAACUGGUCUUUAUGUUUUUCCUAUAAACCAACCAUUUACUAUUGAUGCUAAAACCAAUUAUCUUUUACCUAUGGUUCGUCCGCAUGUAAUUAUGGAACGAUACGGAUUAAUUUCGAAAUACUUUUCCUUCGCACCGAGUAGUGGCAAAGCACAACGUGCAUAUCGUCUUCAAUCUGAUCGAUUUAUUUCCAGUGGAAAUUGCAUUGUACGAGAUAUGGAUCGCAUUGUUGGCGAAACUCGUCUACCUAACCUUGCUGCACAAAAUAAGUUCGACUUUUCACUCGGUAUUGAUCCUGAUAUUGUUUAUAAAGAGAAUGUAACAUUAAUCUCAUCGACAACAUUCUAUGACGAGAACAUUCGGGCUAAACAUACACAUUAUGAAUCAUCGACAUACCGUAAUAGUACACGAGAUACGUACGAAAUUCAUUUGAUCAUUCAAAACUACAAAUCACGAUCAAUCACCGUCGAGUACCAGCAGAUUUGUUCAACUUUCUACAGAAUCAUCGCGCUAACAACAGUAUUAGACAAUAAUCUGUUUGUCCGUGAUGACUCAACGAUCAAAUCCACUUUGAGUUUAAAUGCAUAUGACAUUCAAUCUUAUUCUUAUACACUUGUAGUCGUUCAAUAA